AUGUUGGCCAGGCUGGUCUUGAACUCCUGACCUCAAUUGAUCCGUCCGCCUCGGCCUCCCAAGUCCUGGGAUUACAGGCGUGAGCCACCACGCCCGGCCUGUUUUAUGCCUUUAUAAGCAGCUAUUCUGAGAAAGCGUUCACAAGCCUCACCAGAUGCCGGAGUCCAUACUGCAAAAUCAAAGGGAGGCUAAACACCCCAGUUCUAAAAUGUUUUCAAGCUAUUCAGAUACUGUGCACACCUGCCCUUUGAAGUAAGGUCUAUUAUAUCUCCUUUACAGACCCAGAAACGGAGGCGCAGAAGUUAUGGUCAGCCCCAGGUCACACAGUUAACAAGAGCUGGCCUAGGCACCCAGGGACCUGGCACCCUAGCCUCCGUGCUUUGCUACUGAGCUUAGCACUCCUCUUGUGGCUUUUUCUUGAGGAGCCCAAGGGUCAGCGUCCCACCCAGCCAUAUGAGGCCAGUGGCACUGCCCCCUAGCUGGGGUGAGAUGCCAGAGCCCUAGGAUGCCUGAAAGGCUGGGCAGGAGGCGGAUGGGCGUCGGCCAAUGGCUGUCGCAGCGCCUCACCUGGCCGUCUGUGUGAGCCCAGGUAUGCAGUAGGCUCCGCCCAGGACCCAGCCCGGCCCCUCCUCAGGCCUGGGCUCUGGGAGCGGAAAUUCCGGCGCCAGCGGGGCAAUACAGGAGCUGAUGCGAGCCGGCAGCGCUGGGCCAUGGAACCGGUAGAGACCUGGACCCCCGGAAAGGUGGCAACUUGGCUGAGAGGUCUUGACGACUCCCUGCAGGACUAUCCCUUUGAGGACUGGCAGCUGCCUGGCAAGAACCUGCUCCAGCUCUGCCCCCGAAGCCUCGAGGCUCUGGCUGUGCGGUGUCUGGGACACCAGGAGCUCAUCCUGGGCGGGGUGGAACAGCUCCAGGCCCUGAGCUCCAGGCUACAGACAGAGAACCUGAAGAGCCUGACAGAGGGGCUGCUGGGGGCAACCCGUGACUUCCAGAGCAUAGUCCAAGGCCGCCUGGGGGACUGUGCCAAGACCCCUAUUGAUGUCCUCUGUGCAACUGUGGAGCUGGUGCAUGAAGCCAACACCCUCCUCUUCUGGCUCAGCAGGUACCUCUUCUCCCACUUAAAUGACUUCUCAGCAUGCCAGGAGAUCCGGGACUUGUUGGAGGAGCUGAGCCAGGUCUUGCAUGAGGAUGGUCCAGCAGACGAGAAGGAGGGCACAGUCCUGAGGAUCUGCAGCCACGUGGCUGGGAUCUGCCACAACAUCCUGGUCUGCUGCCCCAAGGAGCUGCUGGAGCAGAGGGCCGUGCUCGAGCAGGUGCAGCUGGACAGUCCAUUGAGGGGAAGUCAGAGGCCCAGAGGAGUAGCAAGUCCAAAGUCACACAGCAAGUCUGGGCAGGACCAGCUUGGGGACCUGGAAAUUCACACCACCAGCAAUUGCCAGCACUUUGUGUCCCAAGUGGACACCCAGGUUCCCACUGACUCCCAACUGCAGAUCCAACCUGGAGACGAGGUUGUCCAGAUCAACGAGCAGGUGGUGGUUGGAUGGCCCCAUAAGAACAUGGUAAGGGAGCUGCUGCGGGAGCCAGCCGGACUCAGCUUAGUGCUGAAGAAGAUCCCGAUACCGGAGACCCCCCCGCAGACGCCCCCUCAGGUCCUGGACUCCCCGCACCGGAGGAGCCCAUCACUGUCUCUGGCCCCACUGUCUCCCAGGGCCCCAUCUGAAGACGUCUUUGCCUUCGACCUGUCUUCAAACCCCAGUCCCGGACCCAGCCCUGCCUGGACAGACUCUGCCUCCCUUGGCCCUGAGCCCCUGCCCAUCCCCCUGGAAACCCCAGCCAUACUCCCAGCAGGGGUAGCAGGGACUCCAGGGCUCCCUGAAUCCCCUGACAAGAGUCCUGUUGGUCGGAAGAAAUCAAAAGGCCUGGCGACCCGGCUGAGCCGCCGGCGGGUGUCAUGCCGUCAGCUGGGCCGGCCGGACUGUGACGGCUGGCUCCUGUUGCGAAAGGCACCCGGUGGCUUCAUGGGCCCGCGCUGGCGCCGCUGCUGGUUUGUGCUCAAGGGACACACGCUCUACUGGUACCGCCAGCCCCAGGAUGAGAAGGCUGAGGGCCUCAUCAAUGUCUCCAACUAUAGUCUGGAAAGUGGACAUGAUCAGAAGAAGAAAUAUGUGUUUCAGCUCACCCAUGAUGUGUACAAACCUUUCAUCUUCGCUGCUGAUACCCUGACAGAUCUGAGCAUGUGGGUGCGUCAUCUCAUUACCUGCAUCUCCAAGUACCAGUCUCCGGGCCGGGUGCCCCCGCCUCGAGAGGAAGACUGCUACAGUGAGACCGAAGCAGAAGACCCAGACGAUGAGGCUGGGUCCCACUCAGCCUCGCCCAGCCCUGCUCAAGCUGGGAGUCCCCUCCAUGGAGACACAUCACCUGCAGCCACCCCCACACAGCGCAGCCCACGGACCUCCUUUGGCUCUCUGACAGACAGCAGUGAAGAGGCACUGGAAGGAAUGGUACAGGGGCUGAGGCAGGGUGGUGUGUCCCUCCUAGGCCGGCCACAGCCCCUAACCCAGGAACAGUGGCGGAGCUCUUUCAUGCGGCGCAACCGAGACCCUCAGCUCAAUGAGCGAGUGCACCGUGUACGGGCGCUACAGAGCACACUCAAGGCAAAGCUGCAGGAGCUGCAGGUCCUAGAAGAAGUGCUGGGUGACCCUGAACUGACAGGAGAGAAGUUCCGCCAGUGGAAGGAGCAGAACCAGGAGCUGUACUCAGAGGGCCUGGGGGCCUGGGGAGUGGCACAGGCUGAAGGCAGCUCCCACAUCUUGGCCUCUGACUCCAGAGAACAUACCCCCAACUCCCUGUCCUCUGACCCUGAAGAGCACUCCCAUCUCUGCCCUCUGACCUCAGAGAGCAACCUCCAACCUCCUGACCUCUGACCCUGGCCAGCACUCUACCUCCUGACCUUUGACCCGAGGGCCACCUCAACCCCAGCUUCUGACAUGUCCAGGACAGAGCAUCCCUGGAUUCUGUUCAGGGUGGGAAGUAGUACUGCUAAUCACGGUCUCACCCCGAGCUGACCCCUCUGCCUGCGCUUUGUGCCACCCUCUCUCUUGCCAAAGAAGAAACUCUCCCACCCCAUCCUCCCAUCUCUGGGCCACAGCCCUGCCCCUACAGUUCCUUGACAGUUCUCCCCCAAAACCAGGUCUGUACAGGUGUUCUUUGUUUUACAUGAGGGCUACUUUCCAACCAAAUACAGUCAAUUUUU